AUGGCGGCUUUCAAGAAUUACCUGAUCCUCUCGAUAACCAUAACGUUGUUCCUUUCAAGCGUCAGCACAAGCAGAGGAGCUCGCAUGUUGCUGCAGAUUCCAGGAGCACCACCACUACCGAGUAUUCCAUCUCUGCCUCAACCAACAGUGCCUCAAUUGCCAAAGAUGCCGAACUUGCCGACUGCCACAUUGCCACCAAUGCCAUCUUUGCCAACUUUGCCUGCUGCUCCAAAGCUGACGUUGCCUCCCUUGCCAGCCAACUCCCUACCCAACAUUCCCAGUACAAUCCCUUCACUUCCUACAAUUCCUUCAAUUCCUACUCUAUCACCACCUCCAUCAAACUGA